CCUGUUGUCAUCAUCAUGAUCCUCAUCGCCAAUGCGGUGGUGGGAGUGUGGCAGGUAUGGUAUAAAGCGCCUGUGUCCAAUGUUCCCUCUAAGCUGCGGAAGUACGAACCGGAGAUGGGGAAAGUGAUCAGGGGAGACAGAAACGGAGUUCAAAGGAUCCGAGCUCGAGACAUCGUCCCGGGUGACAUUGUGGAAGUGGCAGUUGGCGACAAAGUGCCUGCCGACAUCAGGAUCAUCGAGAUCAAAUCUACGACGUUACGGGUCGACCAGUCCAUUCUUACGGGUGAAUCUGUGUCAAUCAUCAAGCACACAGACCCUGUUCCAGAUCCGAGAGCUGUCAACCAGGAUAAAAAGAACAUGCUGUUUUCUGGUACCAACAUUGCUGCCGGCAAAGCUGUUGGUGUUGUCAUUGCCACGGGGGUCUACACAGAAAUUGGGAAGAUCAGGAACCAGAUGGUUGCCACCGAGCCUGAAAAGACCCCCUUGCAGCAGAAGCUGGAUGAGUUCAGCCAACAGCUCUCUAAGGUCAUUUCCCUGGUCUGCAUAGCUGUGUGGGUCAUCAACAUCAGCCACUUCAGUGACCCUGUGCAUGGUGGCUCUUGGUUCCGUGGGGCCAUCUACUACUUUAAAAUUGCUGUGGCCUUGGCCGUGGCUGCCAUUCCCGAGGGACUUCCGGCUGUCAUCACAACUUGCCUGGCGCUGGGCACCCGCCGGAUGGCCAAGAAGAAUGCGAUUGUGAGGAGUCUUCCUUCAGUGGAAACCCUGGGCUGCACUUCGGUCAUCUGCUCGGACAAGACGGGCACGCUAACAACCAAUCAGAUGUCGGUCUGCAGGAUGUUCAUUGUCGACAAGAUAGAAGGAAUUAAUUGCAGCCUUCACGAGCUCACCAUCACUGGAUCCACGUAUGCCCCCGAAGGACAAGUGCUGAAGAACGACAGACCUGUUCAGUGUGGGCUAUAUGACGGCUUGGUGGAGCUGGCCACGAUCUGUGCCCUUUGUAAUGAUUCUUCCCUGGAUUACAACGAGUCCAAGAAAGUCUACGAAAAGGUGGGAGAAGCAACUGAAACGGCCUUGACGUGUUUGGUGGAAAAGAUGAACGUUUUCAACACAGACCUUGACCAACUCUCCAAGGUGGAACGCGCCAAUGCCUGCAACUCAGUGAUAAAGAAGCUGAUGAAGAAGGAAUGCACACUUGAGUUCUCCCGGGAUCGCAAGUCCAUGUCAGUUUACUGUACACCCGUAGCCUCUAACCACAACUCCUCUGGCAGCAAACUCUUUGUCAAGGGUGCCCCAGAAAGUGUCAUUGAGCGCUGUAACUACGUCCGCGUGGGCAGCAGUAAGCUCCCCCUGACUCUCUCCACCAAGGAGAAGAUACUCUCCAGAAUCCGGGAGUGGGGCACUGGUAUCGACACGCUGCGCUGCCUGGCGUUGGCCACUCGGGACCACCCUCCGCGGAAAGAGGAGAUGCGUGUGGAUGACUCCAGCCAGUUCAUUAACUACGAGACGAAUCUGACUUUUGUCGGCUGCGUUGGGAUGUUGGACCCUCCCCGGAAGGAAGUGAUGUCAUCCAUCGAGAUGUGCAGGAAAGCCGGUAUCCGAGUGAUCAUGAUCACCGGCGACAACAAGGGGACGGCCGUGGCCAUCUGCCGGAGGAUCGGGAUCUUCUCGGAGACCGAGGACGUGACGGGCAAAGCCUACACGGGCAGGGAGUUCGAUGACCUUGCCCCGGAGGUGCAGCGGGAAGCCUGCCUCUCCGCUCGGUGUUUUGCUCGGGUGGAGCCUGCCCACAAGUCCAAGAUAGUUGAAUAUCUACAGUCCUUCAAUGAAAUCACUGCGAUGACGGGCGACGGAGUAAAUGAUGCCCCAGCUUUGAAGAAAGCCGAAAUCGGCAUUGCUAUGGGCUCCGGCACGGCUGUGGCCAAGUCAGCGGCAGAAAUGGUCUUAUCCGAUGACAACUUUUCAACCAUCGUUGCAGCUGUGGAGGAGGGCAGGGCCAUCUACAACAACAUGAAGCAGUUCAUCCGUUACCUCAUCUCUUCCAAUGUCGGGGAGGUUGUCUGUAUCUUCCUGACGGCUAUCUUGGGGCUGCCCGAAGCGCUGAUCCCAGUCCAGCUUCUGUGGGUGAACUUGGUGACAGACGGUUUGCCAGCCACGGCCCUUGGCUUCAAUCCCCCCGACCUCGACAUCAUGGACAAGCUGCCCCGAAAUCCCCGGGAGCCUCUCAUCAGCGGAUGGCUUUUCUUCCGCUACCUAGCCAUCGGAGUGUACGUUGGCCUGGCGACAGUAGGUGCAGCCACCUGGUGGUUUUUGUAUGAUGCUGAAGGGCCCCAAGUUACCUUUUACCAGCUGAGGAACUUUAUGAGAUGCACUGAGGACAACCCCAUCUUUGAAGGGGUCGACUGCGAAAUCUUCGAAUCUCGCUAUCCAACGACGAUGGCGCUCUCGGUGCUGGUGACCAUUGAGAUGUGCAACGCCCUGAACAGUGUGUCUGAAAACCAGUCGCUGCUGAGGAUGCCUCCUUGGCUCAACCUGUGGCUCCUCGGGGCGAUUGUCGUGUCGAUGGCUCUGCAUUUCCUGAUUCUCUAUGUCAAGCCAUUGCCCCUGAUCUUCCAGGUAACGCCUCUCCACUGGCCGCAGUGGGUGGUUGUGAUGAAAAUCUCGUUGCCGGUUAUCCUGCUGGACGAAGGCUUGAAGUACCUCUCCCGCAACCAUUUAGAGGGCAAAGAGAUCAAGAAAUGAACACUAUGAACUCAGCUUCUCAACAAAGGAGCCCUCAACUCUCAACUGGGACUGAAGAAUUUGCAUGCUAGAACAUCGCCAAAAGCCAGCAAGCAACAUGCAUGUGUUUUGAGUCUCAGACUUGAUGCGGGUGAAUCAUCAAAAGAAACAAAAAAACUGAUUUG